AGUCUCAGGUUGUUGAAUAGAGCACGCGUGCUUGUAUGCACUGAAGGAGCAAUCGAAGGGGAGGGUUGGAGCAGUGCAGCCAUAGGCGACUAGGAAAAUUCCGAGAGAGACGACAGCGAGUCGGUGGGAGCGGAAAGAGGACGGAUAGAUGAGGGUGUUCAAUGAAUAAAUGAGCGCGAUGCAGCAAGAAGCGAAGGAGACAGAGUCAGUGAUAGUGAUUCCGCGAGAGAGACCAUCGAGUGUGUCCUAGCGAAGGGGGGAGUGUUGAUUGUGCAAAGUUGCGGGGGCGGUUGCGCAUAGUGCCGGAAUCGAGGAUGAACGGGGCUUCGGCGUUUUUGCAUACACAGUCAAGAGGGAAGUUGGAGGAGGCGAAAAAGGGAGCGCUUUCGCCGGACGGGAAUUUUGGGAAUUGUGAUGGCUGAGUGCCGCCGCGCUCUCUGGAUGAUAUUCUCUUUGUGGUAAUAUGACUUCAGCACUGGAUACACUUUUGGAGGCGGCAAAAUUCAUAGAACAGCAGGAGGAAUUGUCAAGACAACGAUCCAUAUCAUCAGCUUCUGGUCAAGCGACAUACGCCACAUCAUUCCCACCUCUGUCCAGCACAGCUUCUGCAGUCACAGCGUCAUCGCACAUCUUGCAGAACAACACAAAUCAACCGACGAACAUUGUUCGCUAUGUCCACAAUCAACAGGCGGCGUCGCCACUGGGGAGUCCGGUUCUGAGCAGCAGCACCUCGACGGCGAGCAGUGGAAACAUCCUGCUGCAGCAGAACCAGCAAUUCCCCACUCUAAUUCGCCUCGAUGGCAACGGCACAGAAGAACCGCUCCUCAAUGGGCACACAAUCGCCACCCCACCGCUCGUGGUGUUCAGUCAUCCGCCGCAGCAGCAGCACCACGUCCACAGCGGCAGCAGCACUCAUUCCCCGUCGCCGCAGUCGUCGUUCGAGCUGUCGCGCAGCCGGAGCUCAUCGGGCUCUAGCAACCACCCGGCGGCCGGCAGCAAUGGCGCCGCCACGGCGCUGAUCCACCACGUCCUCGUGGGCGGCGAGGAUUCGUCGCAGUCGAGCCUGAAUCUGAAUGGCUCGAGUGGGUACUUGAGCGGCAGCAGCGGCACCUCAGUCACCGGCCUCAAUCUCAGUGCGAACGGUGUCAACGCGGCCGCAGUGUCCGCCGUGGCGCUCAACGGCACGACCACAAUGGAGCAGAUCCAGUUGCAGGUCCAGCAGACGCCGACAGGACGCCGACGGACAACGAGUACAAACAGCAAUGGUGGAAUCCAACGUAGCCCAUGCAUUCUCAGGGCGGGAACGCGCGAGGUGCACAACAAGCUGGAGAAGAAUCGGCGGGCGCAUUUGAAGGAGUGCUUUGAGCAGCUGAAGAAGCAACUGCCGCAGAUGCCGGAGGAGAAGAAGACGUCCAAUCUCUCCAUCCUGAGUGCGGCCAUCCGAUACAUCCAGCAGACACUGAAGAGGAAGGAGCGCGAGCUGGAGCACGAAAUGGAGAGAUUGGCCAAGGAGAAGAUUUCAUCGCAACAGAGAAUUAUUGUUCUGAAACGGGAAUUGUCGUCACAAUAUGAGAAUAUUGACUUCUCUGCCAUUCUGCCAGAGUCAGAAGUUCCAACAAACAGUAUUCGUGAACGAGAGUCAUCGACUGAACCACCUUUGCCGCCAGGAACGCCCGUUCCAGUUCGCUACGGGUCGACAUCCUCCCUGGCGAGCAUCACGAACGCUGUGUCUCCGAGUCCUGGGCCUAUUCAGGUGGCGAGCAGUCAGAUAGGGUCUCCAGUGACAGCGUCGCCGACGAGAAAAUCCACCGUUUCGCCACAUCCAGCGAUCUCUUCCACCGCCGUGGUGACAACGAAGCACCUCUUCUCCAGCACUUCGGCGCCUCUGGUCACGGACGCGAGCAGCGGUGGUGUGAUGAAGAUCGCCAUGCCGGGCACCGCGACGUUCUCCAGUCCGCAGUCAAUUGCCACAAUCGGCGCCAUCAACUUCACCACGGCCGACGGACUUACUCCUGGCAUGCUGACGGCCACGAGCGCCACAAUGCCGCUCAAUCUCAACUCCAGCCAUCAUUCCCAGGGGCUACAGAUUAUCAGCUCGGCGGCCGUGGCGGCGAGUGGGAAGGACUUGAUGGGGAAGAACGGCGUGCGGGCGCACGAUCUGCGCGACACGUCGCCACCGAGUCUCGUGAUCAAUGGAAAGGAGCAACCGAAGCUGGAUCUGCUCACGAGCGCCGCCGCCAGUGCCACAAAGCUGGACACAGAGCCGCCGACGAAGGUGAUCAAACUGAUCAACGGCAGUCUCGCGCUGGCGUCCAUGGACAAGGAGAGCAAAAUCAUUCCAUCCGGCCAGCUAACGCUGUCGCAAGUGAUGGGUGGCAGCAGCCUGGUGGUGAGCCCGAUUCCCUUCCUCACGCCGUCGCAGAGUCUCAGGGUGAUCGGAUCAUCGCCCAACGGUUUGGCCACCAUCGAGCUGAGCCCGGCCAGCGCGGCAACGCGGGCUCAGGCUCACCACACAGUUCCUCAAGCUGGCGGGGCGCAACUGCACAAGCUGCUGGCCACCGGACAAGCGCCCGGCGUCAGCACGGCUGCUGUCAGUGCCUCAGUGUCGUCCGUGACGCCAGAGUUGGCGCGCCUCCCCGGUGGCGCGGAGCUCAAUAUCCUGCCGGCGGGACCCAAUGGAGCCAUCUAUCGCGGCCAGAGCGGCAAGCUGAUCAUGAACAAUGGCAUCACACUCAAAGGAAGCGACACAACCAGUGCCAACAAUCGAGCUGUCCAUGUCGUCACGCCGAUCCAGUCUAACUCCACGCCGCUGUCGGGUCUAACGCCAAUUGUGGUGUCUCAGGGACAAGGCGCUGCCAAUCUCGCUCACAUCAUAGCCUCGACCUCGCAACUGGCAGGAAAGGUCGUGACAACGCCGCUAUCCGUGAACGGACAGAGUCUGCCUCUGGUUCCGGGCACUCAGUACCUGAGCACGACCGUCAUGAAGCCGAUGGUCGUCGCCAUGGCCAGCAGCAGCAGCAAUCCGGCCAGCGGCGCCGCCACAGUGUCCACAACCACGCCCAGUGUCAACGGCCUCCCACCGAGCUCCUCGACCGUCGUGCUGCACCACGCGGCGCCCACGUCCAUGGCCGCGAACGAGAACGGCGGCGCGUAAUGCGGAAAUCCUCACCAAUUGCAACUCCUUGUUAGUAAUCACAAAUCACACGCUGCAAAUGUAGAAUGACUUUUCUGUGGGAUUGCAGAGAGUAAUUUCUCACAUCAAUUAGGCGUAUUCUUUUGACACACAGACGCAAGCGAUAGAGCCAAUUUUUGGGCCGGCGAAGAGGUAAUUCCAUGGUGGAAAAGUGCAAAGAGAAUGUGAAUAUUUUCACAGCUGAUAGACACACAAAGGGGUGAGAGAGGAAAGUUGGGAAAUUAGACAAAAAGCGUAGUCUUUCUGAGAAGCAGCCACACAGAAAAGUACAUGUAAAUAGAUUUUAAAAUGUAUUUUGUACAUUUAGCGACAAAGUGGAAAGCAUACUAUGAAGCAUAAAGCAUAGAGAAUAUUAUGUCUAAUAGUCACAAUGAAGAAAAGAGAGAGAAAAACUAUGGAGAGAAAUUGUAGAAAAUAUUCCGUUUGUAUUUUCAACAUGAGAGAAUAAUUCUAUCACACAAGAAUAUUUCUGUAUGGUGCGUUUCUCAUUAUCCAAAAAAAAAUAUAAACCUGUAAAUAUCAUAUUUUUUAGAAGAUACAAUAUAUUUUUUGUACUUAUAUUUCUUAUAGAAAAAAAACUAUAAAAAUGUGCAGUAAAAAAUAUUUCUACACUUUCAUAACGUUUUAAAUCCCCAGAAUGGAAAAAAAAUAAAUUAUUUUUACUUUGCUAUUUUCAAUGUUCUCGAGCAACAGCAAAAUGUGGCUUCGUAGCAAAAAUCUUGGCGGUUUCCAAUUAAUUACACUUGACACUGAAAAAAUAGGGCACACAAUUUAUUUAUCCUGAUACUCAAUAGCUUAACAAGAAUGAGAAAAGUAAAAUUUAAUUAUCGUAUUAAAUUUAAUCUAGUCCAACAUGUUAUUAUUAACAGAUUUCUCUUUUCCUUUUGCCUUUCCACGGUUAAUUUUUUUCAGUAAAUCUACAAUUUAACACUAUAAUUUACACAAAAAAAAACUUCUGUAACUCUUUUUUUUUACAUAAAACACUAUUUAUAUUCUCAUUAGAUGUUUUCGCUUACAAGGAGAAAAAUGCAUUUUACCACCUAAAUUUUUUACAUAGAAUAUUUUUACAUUUACUUUUAAGUGUUUUAGUGCUUAGGCAGUUUUUCCCUUUUCGCGUGAAAGUGAGUAUGACGGAUUUGUAGCGAAUAGCCAAUAAAUAUUUUCGUUCUUGAAAUAUUGUUGUAUAAAAUAUAUUUAGCUCUUCUGGAGCGUGAGAAAAUUGAACACAGAUGGAAAAACAAUGAUUAGUCAAAAGAAAGCACGAUCAUCUCACUGAAUUUUUGAAGAAGAAAAAAAAGUACUGUUGCAAAGAGUAAAGAAUGCCAGAGUGGAAAGAUCUUUCUAUGAAUAUCCUAGGAAUACACAAAAAUUAGAUCUUAACAAUAUUGCAUGGACAGUGCGUGUGUGAAUGCGUGAAGGAAUGCAUGAGAAGAUGCAAAAAAAUGUGUAUAUAAUUUAUCAGAUGAAGGAACUUGAGAAAAUAUAAAAUGAUAGUACUACAAUUAUUGCAUAAGAAGUGUGAUAAGAAUAUAAUUAUUAAUAUGUAAUACAGCAGAUAUUAUAACAAGAAGAAAAUCAACAAAAAACAGAUUAAAUAAAAAAUAAAAAUUAUCAA